AUGGCACUAAAAAGAGAUUUUGUUGUUUGGCAUAAGGAAGCAGAGCUCCUGCGACCAGCCAAGCCUACUCCCCAAGAAAUAAAGGAAUUAUCAGACAUAGAUGACCAAAAAGGCCUGAGGCUCCAUUUCUGCAUGGUCAUGUUCUAUAGGGCAAAUCCCCUCAUGAAAGCCAAAGACUCUGUGAAAGUCAUUAGAGAUGCAUUUGCUGAAGCCCUUGUAUGGUACUACCCUCUUGCAGGUCGGCUCAUUCAUCAUGGCCCUAAGGAUAAGUUCAUGGUGGAUUGCAGUGCUCAAGGGAUUUCGUUCAUUGAAGCAGAUUGCAAUUUCAGCAUGGAAGAUCUUGGUGAUGCUGUUAACCGCCAUGUUUUUACUCCAAAGAGCUCUUGCAUAAAGUGCCUGGCCCUUAUGAGAUGUUUAGCACAAUUUGUGAAGGCUGUCGGAGAGUUCGCACAGGGUGCAUCUUCCCCUUCAAUUAUACCUGUCUGGAGAAGACAAUUAUUGACUGCAAAACAUCUCCCACUCCGAACAACCUAUGACCAAACACAAUAUGGCCUCGAAACCCACGAAAUCGACGCAACAACAAUGGACCACCAAAACUUGGUUAGCGGUUCUUUCUUUUUCGGUCCCAAAGAGAUGAAAGCCCUCCGCCAAAAACUUCCACUAUCGCAAACUCAACCAAACUCAAAGUUUGACUUGAUUACAGCUUGCAUAUGGAUAUGCCGAACACGUGCCUUAGAGUUCGCCGGCGAUGAGACCGUCGCCGUCAUUUGCACGAUGAAUGCACGUGACAAAGGCCCACUUGAACUCCGCCACGGGUACUACGGCAACGCGGUGGUGUUUCCGGCGGCGGUGGGAAAAGCUGGACGAUUAUUAUGUGACAACAAAUUAUCAUUAGAGUAUGCUGUGAAGUUGAUUGAGAAAGCGAAGAGUAGAGUGAGUGAAGAUUAUGUUAGGUGGGAGGUUGAGUUUAUGGGUUCGAAGGGGAGGCCGGCGUUUUUGAGAUCACGUGGCUGUUUUGUUGCUACUGAUUUGAGUAGAUUGGGGUUUGAUGAAAUGGAUUUUGGAUGGGGGAGGCCAGUGUAUGGAGGGACCAUGGAUGGAGGAGGAUCAGCCACCGCUAUUACUCAUGCUCGCUACCGGAAUAGCGACGGGGAAGACGGCGUGGUUGUGCCGGUUUUCUUGCCGGCGGCGGCCAUGAAGAGGUUCGAAGCGGAGAUGAAGAAGUUGACAGCUCUUGAGCCUCGUGAAGUUGUAGGGAUACAAUGUAAAUCACCUCUUAAAUCUGCUCUCUAA